CACACGUGGGGAGGCAGGCCUGCGGGGCGCUGGCCUGGAGGACCUCGUCCCCAGAUCUGCCCCCAGCAGGAAAAUUUGCCGGCCCUUCGAACGCACCCUUUAGAGGCCCCGCACUUCCCAAUUCAGAAUUUUCCAAAAUCAAAAUCUCAGCCCACCCGGCACCCACCAGCAACCACACUAGACUAGAGCGUGUCGCCUAACGCCGUGCGCAUGGCAUCGGAUUGUGUAACCUGAAAACGCUCGCGUCGUUUUUCUCUCAUCUGUACAGUGGAUCUUGUUUCCCACCAUGGCCAUCACACAAUUCCGGUUAUUUAAGGUUUUUACCUGCCUAGCAACAGUAUUCUCAUUCCUAAAGAGAUUAAUAUGCAGAUCUGGCAGAGGACGGAAGUUAAGUGGUGACCAAAUAACUUUGCCAACUACAGUUGAUUACUCAUCAGUUCCUAAGCAGACAGAUGUUGAAGAGUGGACAUCUUGGGAUGAAGAUGCACCCACAAGUAUAAAGAUUGAAGGAGGGAAUGGGAAUGUGUCAACGCAACAGAAUGCUUUGGAACAACUGGAACCUGACUAUUUUAAGGACAUGACACCAACUAUAAGGAAAACCCAGAAAAUCGUUAUUAAGAAGAGAGAACCAUUAAAUUUUGGCACCCCAGAUGAUAGCACAGGUUUCUCUAGUAGGUUAGCAGCUACACAAGAUAUGCCUUUUAUCCAUCAAUCUCCUGAAUUAGGUGACUUAGAUACCUGGCAAGAAAAUACCAAUGCGUGGGAAGAAGAAGAAGAUGCGGCUUGGCAAGCAGAAGAAGUUUUAAGGCAGCAGAAAAUAGCGGACAGAGAAAAGAGAGCAGCGGAACAACAAAGGAAAAAAAUGGAAAAGGAAGCACAGCGGCUAAUGAAGAAAGAGCAAAACAAAAUUGGCGUGAAACUUCCUUAACGAAUGUUAUUUGUUCUUCAGAUGUCAUAGUGCCAGUAGGAGGAAUCAGAACUCCACAACCCAAGCUACAUUUGUAUGGAUUUAAGACUAUUUUCAUAAUACAAACACACUGCUUGACUUUAAUGCGUUCAUCGGUCAUCUAGGACACCAGGAUUCUGCCAAAGUACCUUGAACUCUUAGUGGGCGAAACUUAAAAAUACAAAAAAGACAUAUGAAACAAUAUUUUCUUCAACAUGCUCCAAACAUCAGACGAUUGAUUGCUGUAGAUAAAUUAUUACAAAUGGAACAUACCUCUUCAAGCAAGCAUUUCUAGCUAAAUAAAUGGGUGUAAAUAAUUUUAGUUAGAAAAUACGGCCUUGGUGAAUAAUUUUAUGGUGGAAAAGAACUCUGCUGUCUAUUAUGCUUUCCUUCAAUGUGCAUAAUAAAUAAUUUUAAAUACU